CGUCAUUCUAGCCGGAAUAUAGUAAAUUGUAAGUGUCUAAUGGGAGUUUAAAGUCUGUCUACUUUGUUCACAAGAUGGGAAUUAAUUAAGUUAUAUUUUGUUGUGAGAUGAAAGAGGAAAGUGACUCUGCAGAGUCCUGAAUUGCAUUGUAAUUGCCAGCCUUUAAUUAUAUAUUUAAUGUUUUUAUUUUUUUUAUUCUAGACGAGGUGGAGGUGGGAUUUGAGGGUUGGAACAGUAUGUACAACUGCUAUGCCUUUUUGCACUCCAAGGAGGAGGAGGCCAAGAAGAAGUGCAUCUUAAUGGAAUGUCUAGGGAUUGCUGCCUUCCUUGCUUUUAAUGCGCGGGAUCUUGAGGCACAACACAAGAAACCCUGCAAUGUCCACAUAAAUGUGAAGGAUUUCUUCUCUGAAGAACAGACCAGGAAUUAUAAAGAUUUGUACAAGAAUUUUACGGACUUCAUUAAUAUCCUGAACUUAAGCUUAUUGGCUGAAUUGAAUGGUAAGGAUGCUGCUGCCGCCCAGAAUCCUAAUGUUGAGACCAGUUCGUCAAUAAACAGUUCUGGAAAUGUUAUGUUCGAAAACCCAAGUACAAGGAUAACUGAACCAGCCGGGCAAGCAUACCACCAUUUGUAUUUCCCCUUCUUCUUUUGUGUGGCACUCCUUUUAUUCACCUUUUUUGUACUUUCUUGGAACUUCUUCCAGUUCUGAAUAUGUUCUGUGGGAAAACCGGUUUACAAGGAUGAUUGAACCUGCCGGGUACGAAUACAACCAUUUGUAUUUCCCUUUCUUCUUUUUUGUGGCACUUCUUUAUACACCUUUUUUGUAUUUUGUUGUCACUUCUACUUCCAGUUCUGAAAA